AUGUGUACUGUACGUGCUUGCUUGCGGGAGGACGUGCGGGUGCGGGAGGACAUGCGGGUGCGGGAGGACAUGCGGCACGACUACCAUCACUGUGAGGACAAGCACGACUACCAUCACUGUGAGGACAAGAACGACUACCAUCACUGUGAGGACAAGCACGACUACCAUCACUGUGAGGACAAGCACGACUACCAUCACUGUGAGGACAAGCACGACUACCAUCACUGUGAGGACAAGCACGACUACCAUCACUGUGAGGACAAGCACGACUACCAUCACUGUGAGGACAAGCACGACUACCAUCACUGUGAGGACAAGCACGACUACCAUCACUGUGAGGACAAGCGACUACCAUUUACCAACGACUACCAUCACUGUGAGGACAAGCACGACUACCAUCACUGUGAGGACAAGCACGACUACCAUCACUGUGAGGACAAGCACGACUACCAUCACUGUGAGGACAAGCACGACUACCAUCACUGUGAGGACAAGCACGACUACCAUCACUGUGAGGACAAGAACGACUACCAUCACUGUGAGGACAAGCACGACUACCAUCACUGUGAGGACAAGCACGACUACCAUCACUGUGAGGACAAGAACGACUACCAUCACUGUGAGGACAAGCACGACUACCAUUAUACCCAGUCUUGA